UUUUUUUUCGUCAGUCCAUGCCUCUAGCAGCCUGUAUAUUGUAUAGUGAUGAGUAGGCUGAACAGUGGGUGGAGACCUAAAGAUUGCUGAAAGCCAGGGGAUGCAUUAUCAGACAGGGUGCAGAUUUACACACACUGUGAGCUUCCACGCUCUGCCUGCAGCAGCACAAGCCCCGCUUCCUCAGCCCGGAGCCCUUUCUACACUGCUCCCCUGAAUGACGGGCGGACGUUUCGACUUCGAUGAUGGCGGCACCUAUUGUGGCGGCUGGGAGGAUGGCAAAGCCCAUGGGCACGGCAUAUGCACGGGCCCCAAGGGCCAAGGGGAGUACUCUGGUUCUUGGUCCCAUGGCUUCGAAGUGGUUGGCGUCUACACCUGGCCGAGUGGCAACCUGUACCAAGGCUACUGGGCGCAGGGCAAGAGGCAUGGGCUGGGCGUGGAGACCAAGGGCAGGUGGAUGUACAGGGGGGAAUGGUCUCAUGGCUUCAAGGGGCGCUACGGGAUCCGGCAGAGUCUCACCACUCAGGCCAGGUAUGAGGGCACCUGGAGCAAUGGACUGCAGGACGGCUAUGGUAUCGAGACUUAUGGAGAUGGAGGUGAGUAAGCCCUCGGAAGUGGUCCAGCACCUAUCCUGGGGUGAUUAAUGCCCUGGGUGGAGUUUAACCCCUUAAUGACUGAUGAUGGUCUAUGUCGUCAUAACAAUCUGUUCUUUAAAGAUCAUAUUUCAAAAAUGUAUUUACACACUCAAUGAGCGGCUGCAUAGAGCAGACGAAGCUUAAGAAAAAGAAGAUAUUCCAUGCUGACAAUGUAUUUAGAGACCAGAUUGGGAUGACAGCAAAUUUUAACACGUGGUUAAUGUAAAAACAAUAUAUGUAUGUAUUUACAAUCUGUGGGCUACUUCCCACAUGAAGAUAUUAACCCCAUAGAUAAUGUAUAACGCGUGGAUCCUGGCCACCUUCAUCAAUCUGUUUACUGCUUUCAUUCUUGCUUUGGGCUCUAAAUCAUUCAUGGUGUAAUUAAGAAGUUUGCAUAAACAGUGUUUGGACAGUUAAAGCAGAAAGCACUGCUCCCAAAAGGCUGACACCUGCCCUGUCGAAUUGGAAAGGUCUUGAUGAAAGUCAAGUCCAGAGGUCCUCAAAUUAAACAUGCUGGCUCCUAACAUUUCUUUCGUUACUUGCACAGAACUCUGUUGAAUAUGCCUGUUCCUCAUUAAGAUUCAGGGAUACAAAAAUGCUUGCUUCCUACAUUUGCUUAUUAUCAUAAACAGAACUCUGUUAGUGUUUGUUCACUAAGCUCCAAAUUGUGCAAAAUUAUGAUAACAUAUCCAAUCUGCGAUUGUAGGUGGGCUGGGAUAUUUUUAUUUUUACAAAUCCGCUAUUGUUGUAUUCAGUUUACUACAAUUUGGUGAAUACACCACUAUUAAUUAUGCCUGUUUGCCUAGCUCCUUAGUAAGAUUCAGGUAUCCUAAAACUACAGUCUCUUAACAUUUUUAGUGUAUUAUAUAAAACUCUGCACAUGCUAACCUAGCAACCCGAUAACUCAUGUUGGCUCAAAGAUAAGGUUAUCUGGCUUGAACAUUUUUACAAAUCAUCUCCAACUGUAAUUGUGAUAUUUAACGAGAAAUUGAAUACUUGUAAAGCUCAUGUUAAGUAAGGUACACUUAUUUAAAACCGUGUGUUCAUAUAUUUUAUAUGAACUAAGAGGUUACAAAUAGAUUCCUUGCGUAUGCCAUUUUCUCAACACCAUCAUGUGUUACUUAUUAGCAAAUCUAUACUUUUUACUCUAAAAUAAUGAAUUGCUGUGUCACUGAAGGGCCAGUGUUAAUACAUUAUUUAACAGACACAUUUGGGAUAUUUUGAUUGGAAGAGGUUUAAUUGCUAAAGGUCCUCGUCACCAAAGUGAUAGUAUCACUUCUUUUUUUUUUUUCUUAAACAAAACUGGGUUUAUUUGAGACUGCACAUUUCCUCUGGAUUAUAUUUACUUUAAGACUGGUUUAAACAAAAGGAUGUGUCACUACUGGUUUUCCCCCUUCCCCUUGUUUGGACAUGUGUUUUCCUUCCCUCCAUUAGAAUACUUAUCUCAUUUGCUGUUAGUCCCAUACUUGUGAAUGGUAUUGCAGUUCUCCAUUAUAAGCAAGCAUACUCCUGAGUGUUUUUGUAACAGGUGCAGAUAAAUAUCAUGUUUCUGUAAACCAAGUGCAGGAGAAUUCUUUAUUUAUAAUUUUACACAGCAUUUAAUGUUACUGGGAAGUCAAAGCACAAGAGCAUGUUUUAAUUUGCAAAGCACUUGGUUGGAAAACCAAUACAGUUUAUUGGAAAUAAGACAUUAGUUAUCAGCUUACGGGCAUGGCCCUCUCUACCUCUUGUAUUUGUCUGUGUACCGGUAUAUUGUACGUUCUCCACCAACUGUACAGCUCUGCGGAAUCUGUUGGCGCUUUAUAUAUACCAGUAAUAAAUAAAAUAAAUGCAAUACGCUUAGCAGUCAAGUCCUGAUAUUAAAAAUGGACUUUAAUGUUUUAGGGGUAUUUUUUUUUGUUUGCUUUGUACUAAAUGUUGUACUCUUUAGUAAUUUUUCUCAAAGAUAUGUUCAAUAGUUGUCUGUCUGUCUGUCUUGCAGAGACCAGAUAGCAUUAUUUUCUUUAUUCUAAGUGAAUAACAAUUUUUUGAUCAGGAGCCAUAUGUCUCUAAUGUAUUUGGUAAAAUCACUGUGACAAAAACAGUUAAUUUCUCCCCAAAAAUGAGGUACAAAGCAUUUGAAUGCCUGUAGUUAAAGACUCAGGACUAAAGCUAGAUAAGACCUUCACAUUAACGAUUUGCGUAUAAUUUGGAGAAGAAUAACACUGUGAAGUAUGUUCACUAGACUCUUUAUUCACUAAAAUGUUUAAGCCAAAAUAGCUGAGUUAGAGAAUUAUUCCAAUUUGGUAAUCAACAUCAUCAACUUUACAAAUCCCUGUGCCAAUUAUCUUUUUUCCUGGUUUAGACAUUGUCUGCCUUGCCUAUAACACUUAACACAUAGAGUGCCAUUGAUUUGAAAAUAAUGUUUUGCUCUUAUUACUCUAUUUUGUGUUAACCAAUUGAUUACAAAGAAAAAAAAUACAAACUAAGAUCGGCCAUUAAAAAUCUAAGGGAAUACAGUAUAUACUCGAGUAUAAGUCUAGUUUUUCAGCACAUUUUUUAUGCUUAAAAACCCCCACUCGACUUAUACUCGAGUCACUGUCUGUAUUAUGGCAACUUAGAGAGCCGCGGCCGUCAGAGCCGUGGCAACGAUCCUCGCGGCAACCAGACCGCGAGACUUACAGUGGAGCUGACCGGAACGGAGGAGAAGGGAGCUGACAGGAGCUGCAGGAAAGGUAAGUAAAUGCUUCCUGCCGGCCCCCCCACUUCACAGCCCAUGCCACUGGACCACCAGGGAUUAAGAUAGCCCCCCUCCCUGACCAGUUAACAAGCAGGGAGGGGGGGACAAAAAAAAAUUAAAAUAAUAAAAAAAAUUAAAAUAAAAAAAUAAAUUUAAAUAAAAAUUCCCUCCCCCCACCCAGUUCACACACACUACACAAACACACACUCUGCAUUAUAUACACACUCUGCAUUAUAUACACAGAGUGUGUGUAUAUAAUGCAGAGUGUGUGUUUGUGUAGUGUGUGUGUGUGUGUGUAUAUAAUGCAGAGUGUGUGUUUGUAUAAGUGUGUGUGUAUAUAAUGCAGAGUGUGUGUUUGUAUGAGUGUGUGUGUGUAUAAUUAUAAAAAAUCACAGAAUUUCACCCUCGACUUAUCCACGAGGCAUAGCAUAUUUGACAAUUGUUGGUCACAAAACUGCACUCGACUUAUACAUGAGAUCGACUUAUACACGAGUAUAUACGGUAGUUUUUCUAUCAAAUGUUUGUGAGAGAUCUAGCCAUUCUUAUUAUUAUGGUAAUCACCUACCAAUGCCAGACCAAAAACGUUAUCUUCUUUUCAUUUGUUUACACCAGGGCUGCCCAAAAGGUAUGUCCCCAGAUGUUAUGAAACUGUAACUCCCAUGAUGCUUUGCAUACCUUUUUAGAUUGACAAAGCAUAGUGGAAGCUGUAGUUUAAAAACAUCUGAGUACCCCUGGUCUACACAGUCAGAGUAGCUUAAAGGGAAACUGUCAUUUCUCAGAAUUUGUAAUAUUCUGUUUUGCUUAUCACUAUGUGUAACAAAUAUGUAUUUGUAGGGUGUGAAAAUAAAAUUAAUUCACACAUUUUUAUCUUGUAAAUGGAUGCCUACAUCUUAGAUCGGUGAUAAUCAUUGUUAUAAGCUGUGUUAGUUGUACCUGGCAGUCAGCAUAGAGCAUACGAAAAUAUGCAAAAUUAAAGGGAUACUGUAGUGCCAGGAAUACAAACCUGUAUUCCUGGCACUAUCACUCCCCCACCCACCCAGUUAAAGGGUUUAAAACCCUUUGUUUACUUACCAUACCCCAGCGCAGAUGUCCCUCAGCGCUGGGUCAAUACUCUGCCCCCACCCCCGUCCCACAAUGAGCAGUGGCAAAUGCUGCACGCAGGGAAAGCACUGACACUGCACCCAGACCACCUCAAUGGUGCGUACAGUGUCCCUUUAAGUAAUGGGGAGAUUCAUCAAAGUGUCACAGAAAGUUUUGCCUUUUUAUGCACAAUUUAUUACAGGGAUCCCUUCCCCUCAAGGGUUAAAUAAACAUUGUAACAGUUACCCAAUUCCAGCACCAAUCUCCACUGAUAUCACCUGAUAGGGGGCUAAUGCGCAUGCGCCGUGAGCGCAUUUGGCCCUCCCUUGCUUCAGUGCUUUCCUAUGGGGAUUUAACUGAUGCUGGAUGUCUUCCUGCAGAGUGUGAGGACGUCCAGUAUCAGUUAGUCCAGUGGUAGUCAACCUGGUCCCUACCUACCUUUUAUCUCCCCUGAAGGGCCAGCCAGCCUUGCUGUAAGCCCUCUUGGGCUGAUGAGAUCUCCCCUCACCCAUAUACAGCACCCAACACACACUGUCCCCUUACACAUACUGCACCUCUCACACACACUACACCCUUCACACACACAGCACCUUACAGACACAUAGAAAAAAAAAGUAGAAUAGAAAAAAAAAGUUAAAAAUAUAUUAAUUUAAGUACAUAUUUAAAAAAAACUUCUUUAAAAAAACCACACUUGCGCAGUAAAAUUAGUUACUGCGGCAUUGGUGGGCGGUAAGGAAAUGUUACCAUCAACAAAGAUACAAAAGUGGGCGGUAGGUAUUAGAAGGUUGACUACCCCUGAGUUAGUCGCAAAGCAAGCACGAAGUGCCUCUAGUUGCUGUCUGAUUGUCUGUCUGAUCAUUUCUCAAAAACUGCAAUGAUUUACAUUGCAGGAUUAAGUGGGACUGGGACACUGCACCCAGGGCACUUCAAUGAGCUGAAGUGGUCUGGGAGCCUAUAUAGUGUCCCUUAUAAAUUUGUUGCUUCCUUUGUGCCUUAGCGGUUGUUUUUCCAUACACACCGUUUUUGUUUGGCUACAUAAAAAAAGCAAUGGAAGAGAUUAAUUAUGUGUUUUUAUUAAUUUUAUUAUGUAUUACAUAAUCGUACAAUGCUGCACAAAUUAUAUCCUGUUUCACGUGUCUUGUGCUUAAGAUCAGUGCUUUCAAAAGAAAACUUUAGUAUUAGGAAUACAUUUUUGUAUUCCUAACACUAAAUGGUCCUUCUGCCGCCACCAUGGCAUUAUAUAGGGUUUAAACACUUAUCUGAUUCCAUCGCCGGUGUACCUCGGUGCUGGUUUGGGCUCCUCCUCCACAGACUGCAGCUGAUCGGGGUAACCUUGCGCAUGCAUUAGGCCUUCCCCAUAGGAAACAAUGCUUUCCAAUGGGGCAUUUGAAGAUGCUGUACGUCAUCAUGCACAGUGUGAGGACAUCCAGCGCAAUUUUACGAAGUUAAACUCCAUGAAACUGCAGAAAGCAUCUUUCUGGUAGACAGCCACUAGAAGCAGUCUCAAAUCUGCAAUGUAAACAUUAGUUUCCCUAAAACUACAAUGUUUGCAGCUGCAGGGCUAAGGGGACAGGGACACUUGGUGUCCCUUUUAAUGCAUUUUGAUUAGUUUAGUCUCCAUUAUAAUUAGCUUAAUCAGUCACAAGCUUACAUUUUUAGUAUUCUGAGUGUUCUAUUUUCCAUUUCUCCAAAUGAUUUUCUAUUUAUAUAUUAGCUGCUUUUUCCCCAGCAUUACAGAAAUUUAGAUCUUUUAUACAAGGAUCUCAUGACCCCUUGACUUUGUUAGGAUGUAUAUUUUGUUUUUUCAACUCAAUUAUGAAUUAAGGUCUUCUUUUAGUAUUGAGAUAUUUACUGUGUGUGUGUAUGUAUGAAUAUAUAUUCAAACUCUUCAAUCAUCUCUGUAACUCUCUCCUCUCGUGGUUUUCCUCUUAUCUCUCCCAACGCUCAUUCAGUGUCUCCUAUUCUAAUGACACCUCCUCAUCUUGUCUUGGUUGGAGUCCCCCAAGUCUCUAUCCUUGGUCCCUUUCUAUUUUCUCUUUAUACUGCCUCUCUUGGCAAACUUAUUACCUCUUUUGGAUUCCACUACCACCUGUACGCUGAUGACACUCAGAUAUAUCUCUCCUCCCUGGACCUCUCCCCUGCAGUCCUGCAAUGUGUCACUGCUUGCCUUUCUUCCAUCUCUGACUAGAUGUCAUCCCGCUUUCUGAAACUCAAUCUCUCUAAAACUGAGCUCCUUGUCUUUCCUCCUCCUUAUACUGACCCUCCUCUUUCGCUCUAUCUUCAAGUUAGUGCUAUCCACAUAAGUCCAUCCUUGCAAGCGUGCUGUCUUGGCGUCAUACUUGACUCUGGCCUUACCUUUGAGCCUCACAUUCAGUAUGUUGCCAAAUCCUCUAAAUUCCAUCUUAAAAACAAAGCCCGCAUCCGCCCCUUUCUUACGCAAGAUGCUACCAAGGAGCUCUAGUAAUUUCCCGCAUGGAUUAUUGUAACCUUCUCCUAAUUGGUCUUCCCAAAAGCCGUAUUGCCCUGCUACAGUCUGUAAUGAAUGCUGCCGCCAGACUGAUGGUCGUCUCACACCUCACCCCUCUGUCAGUCCUUACAUUGGCUUCCUGUAUCCUAUAGGAGUCAAUUCAAAGUGCUAACCCCUAUCUAUAAAGCACUGAACAAUUCUAGCCCCUCUUAUAUCUCAUCACAGAUCCAUAGGCAUGCCCCUUCUCGGUCUCCCCGCUUUGCCUGUGACUAUCUCCUGUCUGCUGCUUGCCCCCGUAUGGACAACUAGCACUUGCAGGACUUCUCGCGGGCGGCUCCCUUCCUAUGGAAUAGCCUACCUACCGCCAUCAGACUCUCCCCUGCUCUUCAAUCAUUUAAGAAGUGCCCUAAGACCCAUCUCUUUAGGAAAGCUUAUGGCCUCCCAGAGUAACCUCUACCUUACAUACCUGUCUCUUGCUCUCUCCUAAAUGGCAGCACUCUACUCUCUCCUCCAGCUCUGCUUCACUCCCACCUUAUUUGAUUGCUAUUUCCUGUCCUAAUGUGUUUUAUACCCCACCUCCUAUAGACUGUAAGCUCGUUUGAGCAGGGCCUUCUUCAACCUAUCGUUCCUGUAAGGUUUUUUGUAAUUGUCCUAUUUAUAGUUAAAUCCCCCCUCUCAUAAUAUUGUAAAGCGCUAUGGAAUCUGUUUGGCGCUAUAUAAAUGGCGAUAAUAAUAAUACAUAUAUAUAAAACCACUUUUUAAGGCAUGGACUCUGUAGCUGCACUGCACAUACUGAGCAGCUGUAGUCUGUGUAACUUGUAUAACUUUUACACAAGAACCAACUGUACCCUUGGUAUUUAUAGGUCACCCAACACCUCAGAAUUGGAGGGUGUUGUGUCGUCUAUUUAUUCCUCCCUCCACUUUACUUUUCUUUCUGCAAGGCAGGCUUCAAGAAACAUUUCGGACAGCUGCUUAUCUGAUGACUCAAUCAUUGUUUGUAUAUGACUGAUACAAUUUCAAGAGACCCUUGCAUUCAAUUCAGUAUGGCAUCAGGGAAAAGGUGCAUUCACACUGUAAAAUAUCCUGAACUGUAGAUCUAAAUUUACUGCCAGAUUAAAUACUUAGAUUUUGAGAAUUUUGUUUACUUAUUCGGUGCAAAAUGCUACAUCUAAAAUUUGAAUUUUCAGUGCUUUUGCAACAAAUCUGUAAAUAAAUGAUGUCAUAAAAUUAAAGCAAAUGAAUAUUAAUUUAUGUAUUUUGGACCACUGGGAAGAAGUAUUAUAUGCUGCACCAGUUUGAUAAGAAAUUAAAUAAAGUCCCGGGAAAAAAAAUUUAAACAGUAAUUCAGUACUAUUGACAGUGCUAGGCAUUGGUCGGCUUUUUAUAAAUUCUUUAUCCCAACAUUUACUAAUGUGGAAAUGUUAGAUUUUGCACCUGUUCAGAUUAGGAUCCUAGUACACAGGGCUGCCAUCAGAAAUUUAGCCCCUUACACAGUUUAAGGCCUGGGCCCACACAGUCAACUCCCGAGUCAAUCCACAAGAGUCCGUCCAUAAGGAUGCACUGCAUUUGUGUGUGUAUGGUGGAUGCAGAGUAUUUUUGGGUGUAGUUGAUGCAGUGUUUUAGUGUAGUGAAUAUAGUGUGUGUGUGUGUAGUGGAUGCAGUUUGUGUAAAUUUGUGAGGUAAGAAGUAUAGGGACUAUAUUCUGUGGGGAGUGAGCAGUUUUAGUAUUUUUUUUUUUUAAUCUAAUUUUUUUUUUUUUCAAUCUUUCAUUUUUAAUUGGCAAAGUGAGACAUACAGUGGGCCCAUCAUACAAUAAGAUUUCACAAAUCACAUUGCACAAUUAAAUUAUACAAAUAGUAGAGUAAAAGGUCAAGUGAUGUAUAAGAACGUAACAGAAAUUAAAAAUUGAAAGCCUUACAAUAUAUUCUCAUAACACAAUGACAUGUAAUAAAUGUAUGUGUUCCAUAUUCUACAUAUGUUCCUGAAUCGUUCAGCAACACAUAGGUUUCAAACUUUUUAUUUUCUCUAGGUGGGUAAUAAAUAAUUCUACUGAAGUUCAUUUUGUUAACUAAAGCCUCUUGUAACUGAGGUGAUCUUAAUAGAUGUACUUGAAUGAAUUUGUAAUUGUCUUUUGGAUGCAAGUGAUAUUGAGAAGACAAGUGUUGAAAUGUUGUCAUUCUCCUGAUUCCUCUUUCAGCCUAGAGACAAACAUCUGUAUUUACUAUCUGUCACGAUUACUAUAUAACCCAACAUGCAGAACUAUGUAAUACACAAUAAACAAGGAUAAUGAAUGGUGGACUUAACGUAAAUAAAGAAUGGUCAAAAUACUAGCCGAGGUCAGGGACUAGAAAGAGAUACGAGGAAACAAGCCAAAAGUCAAGGAUACGAGAAAGUCAAAGUCAAAUACCAAAAAGAACUCGAAUAGGAACGCACUCUCUGUUAACCAACUAGUGGAAACCACGACAGGGCACUGACCACAUGCUAUUUUGAGUUUAAAUAAUCCUCCUAAGGCUAUGAUUAGUUGUACAUAGCCUUUGACCCCCAAAAGGUGCGUGCGUGUCGUUUGCGUGACGUCACACACACAUUGACACCAUCUUUGUUGACGGAGGCGGGGCUAUAUUGUUUUGUGGGACCGUUGUGGCCAACGUUCAUUAGAACGCAGCACCGGUCAGGGAUCGCUGCAUGAGGGUGCUGAAUGGCAAGCUGACUUGCCUUAGGUAAGUGGGUUUUUGUUUUUUGUUUUUUUUUUAAACAAUGUGACCACAGCGAUCGGAUGGGACCUCACUCUAUGGAGGUGAGGGGGACGUGACACUAUCCAGUUGUGCAAUGUUUGUAUAGGGAUUACUUUGGAUACUUUAUCCAUAACUGAAAUGUGUUUUGCUAGCUUUUGCCAGAGUUGUAAAGAGUGCCUUGUUGUUUGAUACAGAGUGAUUGGGAAAUUUGUGUGGGGCAGCUGUGGCGUCCUCCAUAUCUAUCCAUGGAACCUUAGUUUGACAGCCAGUAGAAGCAGUCUUAAUUGACAGCCACUGGUAAUUAUUGCAAUUUCUCAGAAGAAUUGCAGGGCUAAUUGGACAGGGACACUGCACCAAGACCACUUCAAUGAGCUGAAGUGGUGUGGGUGUCUAUAGUGUUCCUUUAAACAUUAGAUGUCUCUUUACAGGAAGUGUUUAGGAAGGAUGUGCAAGUCAUAUGCAGGGGGGUGUGACUAAGCUGUAUAAACAAUGCAAUGUAACUCCUAAAUGGCAGAGAAUUGAGCAAUGAGACUGCAGGGGCAGGAUCGGUACACCAAAAUUGCUCCACUAAGCUAAAGCGGUUUUGGUGCCUAUAGUGUCCUUAUAAAAGUAUACUUUAAAUAGCAAAACAACUUUAGCUUAAAGGGACACUAUAUUCAAAAGAACAACUACAGCUUACUGUAGUUAUUCUGUUGCGUAUAGUCAGUCCCUGCAGGCAUUUUCAUUUAAACACUGCCUGCUUAGAGAAUUACGUUGCCGUCUAGGGAUACCUCCACUCAGACAGCCACUAGAGGUGCUUCCUGGGUCAGCGGUGCACAAUAUUCAGCACUGAUAUUUAGUGUCUCCUUUCUGAACAUUCCUGAUAGAGAUGCAUUGAAUCAAUGCAUUUCUAUGAGGGGGAUCAUCAGAAUUGACAAUCUCUGCCAUUUCAAGCUUUUUGUGUUCCUGCCACUAUAGUAUCCCUUUAGAGAUUUAGCAUGUGACAUCAGAAUCUAGUUGAGACAAGGCAAAUAAAGAGGAGGAAAAGCAACAUUGCUCCAUUUCUCAUGUUCUAUGUUUGCUUUCUCUGUGCUUAUUGCCUGGUGCAAAGUACAAAGCUUAUUACUAUGAUUUUCAGGGAGAUAAGAUGAAGGUGCCCAUUUGCUGGAUAAAGAGAUGUGCAUUUCUACAUUUUAUUUUUAACACUACUAAAAUACAUAUUUGUUAAAUAUGACACCAAAUACAGUACAAGAAAAAGCACACCAGAAAGCAAACAUGCUUUAAUAUCACCAUAUAUGAAAUGUAUUUGGUUUAAUGUGUUUGGGAUUAAACAUAAGAAUGGCCAGAUUCACAUCAUGUUUUCCUGGAAGCAUCUCAUGUCUUAAUAUAAUAUGGAACACAUAAGUGAUGCCUGGUAGAAUGUAUAAUUCAUAUCCUGCAGCUCUUUUCAUCAUUUCCAUGUAACUUCUCUUUUCAUAUUUACUUGGAUACUAUUGGCUAAUGGAAGUGUCAUAGCAAGUUUAGGAAUUUCUGGAGAAUUUUUAAGAUAACGUCUUCUAUGAUUUUUGUUAUGCUAAAUGUGGAUACACCUGUCACAUGCACCUACAAUUUUCUUCCACUCACCUUAGCAGCUUAAAGGUACAAUGUAGUGAAACUAUAAGUUCUGCAAGUUCUAUCUAAACACUGUGCCAUCAAAGUGAAAAUUACAAAUACAGGAUUGGAUGCAAACAGUCUUGUGUACAACCUUCCCAUCUCUACAUCCUUAAAUGGACACUAUAAGCACCAGAACCAUUACAGCUUAAUGUAGCAGUUCUGGUACAAAGAGAUCGUCCUUGGAGUCUCUCAGGUUUUCUGAGAAAAGGCAGUAUAUACAUUGAACUCUAAGGACACCCGCUGUGACUGCCACUAGAGACGCUUACUGUUAGAAUGCAAGUUUUACAAGACAGGAUCUGCAUAUAGAUGGCAAAAUGCUACCCAUAAAGAUGCAUUGGGAUAAGGCAUCUCUAUCAGGAGAUGCUGACUGGCACAGCGCAGUGAUUGCCGCACAUGUGCACUAACCCUAACUAGUGCUUACCUAUGGUGAAGCAUUGGAUUGUUGUUAUUAUUAUUAUUGUUUAUAUAGCGCCAUCAAAUUCCGCAGCUCUUUACAAUGGUUGGACGAACAGACAUGUAGUUGUAACCAGACAAGCUGGACACAUAGGAACAGAGGGGUUGAGGGCCCUGCGGGCCAAUGAGCUUACAUGCUAGAGGGAGUGGGGUAAAAUGAUACAAAAAGGUAAGGAUAGUAUUAGACUAGUGACAGUUGCAGAAGAGGAAUCAGUCGGCAGCUAUUAACCGUUCAAUUGAUACGCUUUUAUGAAGAAGUGGGUUUUUAACAGGACUGGAGACUGGGUGAGCAUCUAACGGAGGAGGGAAGAGAGUUCCACAGGAACGGUGCAGCCCUCGAGAAAUCUUGAAGGCAAGCAUCAGAGGUGGGAGUACAGACAGAAGAUAGAUAUAAGUCUUCAGCUGAGUGUAAGGGCCUAGACGGGGGACAUACUUGUGUAUAAGGGAGGAUAGAUAGGUGGGAGCAGCAUUAUGUAGAGAUUUGAAAGCAAGAACCAGAAUUUUAAAUUGAGCUCUAUAUCUUAUAGGAAGCCAAUGUAGGGACUGACAGAAGGGUGAGGCGUGGGAGGUGCAGGUGGACAGGAAGAUGAGCCUCGCCCCCGCAUUCAUUAUGGGCUGUAAUGGCGCGAGUUGGGAGCACGUAAGACCACUGAGAAGCGGAUUAUAGUAGUCAAGGUGAGAAAGGACAGUGAAAUGGACCAGCACCUUAGUUGCAUCAGGCGUUAAGUAGGGGCCAAUGUGCGCAAUGUUUUUGAGAUGGAAACGGCAGGAUUUGGCGAUAGAUUGAACAUGAAGCUUGAAGGAGAGAUCGGAGUCAAAGAGAACACCUAGGCAGCGAGCCUGCAUGGUGGAGCUGAUGGUAGCACCGUUGACUUGGAAGGAGGGAGACACAGGAGUAACAACACUUGAAGGAGGAAAGACCUGAAUUUCAGUUCUGGUCAAGUUUAGUUUAAGGAAGUGGGCAGCCAUCCAGUUUGAAAUAGCAGAGAGGCAGUCAGAGACACUAGUCAAGAGAGACGGGGAGAGAUCAGGAGAGGACAGGUAGAUUUGCGUGUCAUCUGCAUAGAAAUUAUAUUGGAAGCCAAAGGAGCUAAUGAGUUUACCAAGGGAGGCAGUAUAGAUGGAGAACAGUAGGGGACCAAGGACUGAACCUUGGGGGACACCAACAGAGAGGAGUUGGGGAGAAGAAGCAGAGCCAGAGAAAGAAACACUGCAAGAGUGCUGGGAGAGGUAGGAAGAGCACCAGGAGAGUGCAAUAUCUUGUAGACCGAUAUUGCGGAGGAUGAGAAGAAGCUGUUGAUGAUCAACAGUGUCAAAAGCCGCAGACAGGUCAAGGAGAAUUAGGACAGAGUAGUUACCACGAGAUUUUGCAGCGAGUAGAUCAUUGGAUACUUUGGUCAGUGCCGUUUCCACAGAAUGCUUAGCGUGGAAACCAGACUGAAGCGGGUCUAGCAGAGAGUUGGACUCGAGGAAGUCUGUCAAUCUCGCAUACACAAUUCUUUCAAGGAUCUUGGAUGCAAAAGGCAGUAGCGAUAUAGGACGGUAGUUGGAUGGAGAGUUAAGGUCAAGGUUGGGCUUCUUUAGAAAUGAGGUUACAGUUGCAUGUUUGAAGGGCAAUGGAAAUAUACCAGAGGAGAGAGAGAGAUUGAGAAUGUUAGUGAGAGGUGGAGAAAGAUUCAUUGUCCUUGAUUAUCUCAGCCAAGGUAGACGUGGCAGCUGUGGCGAGACUGGUGAGUUGAAAGUUUUUAAUUUAUGCCUUGGGGGAGGGGCAUUAACCUAACUAGCCAGGAGUAACUCUAAGGUUAGAAAUAUAGGUUUGUAUUUCUAAUGUUCAAGUGCUCUUUUAAUAAUGCCCUUGCCGUGAAUGGUUAUAUAUUGUACGGAAGACAAAACACGAGUGAUAACUGUAAACAUGAAACGAGAACUGUCAGUUUUUUAAAGCGGCACUGUCAUGCCGAAUUCUGGUUUUUUUUUUUAACCCCUCUCCCGCCUCCACUACAUCCAAUUGACUCACUAGUCACCCCCAAAUGCCCCUAAGCCCCCCAUAUUACCUAUUUUUUAAUCCUUAUUAUCUGCCCCGAUCUAUAUUCAGGGCGCAGCCAUCUUUGUGUGGGUAGGUGAAGUCCCUCAGGGACACGUCAUCAGCCCACACUAGACAGACUGUGAGAUUCCCGCACAUGCCCAGUGAAACACCUGGACAUGCGAACGGGAAUUUCAUCUAUUCAUUCAUUCAUCAGACAGACGAAUGAGUGAAUAGAAAUAUCAGCCGAACAAACAAACAAACACAAUGUAUCAGUGUUUGUUUGUUCGUUCAGUUUAUUACAAGGAGGGAGCUACCGGCAUGCAGCUCCCUCCUUGUAAUAUGUAACUAUAGAAGUGGCAGGGCCAUGAAGAUAAUGAGGGGGGGGACCUACUGUCCUCCCCCCGGCCCCCACCCCUGGGCGGCGGGUGGGGGCCCUAAGUCAAUUACCCCCCCCCAAGGUGACUAGGGGUCCCCAAGCCCCUAGUCACCCACCCCCCACCCAAAAAAAAACAAGUCCCUACCUACCCCCCUCACCCUAAAAAAUAGUGAGGGGGGGAUAAAAUAACUAACCUGUAAAAUAAGAUUAAACUUACCAUUCGACGUCUUCUUUUUUCUCAAAUCUUCUUUUUUCAGCCCCAAAAAAGGCCAAAUAAAAAACCAUCAUAACCGUCGAAUUGAAAAUAAAAUAAAAAUCCCGAGCGCAAAAAAAAAAACCCGAGCGCAAAAAAAUAAUCCAUCUUCACCCAUGGAGGGCUCCGCGCAGACUGAGCUCCGCAGAGCGGGGGAAGGCUUAUAAAGCCUGGCCCCGCCCUGCAAUUAGGCUAAGAACACUCUGAUUGGUGGGUUUAAGCCAAUCAGAGUGUUCUUUGUCAUUUUACACAGCGUGGGAAAAUUCAAAAGAACUUUCCCACGCUGUGUAAAAUGACACAGAGCACUGUGAUUGGAUGGAUUUCAAACCAUCCAAUCACAGUGCUCUGUGUCAUUUUACACAGCGUGGGAAAGUUCUUUUGAAUUUUCCCACGCUGUGUAAAAUGACACAGAGCACUGUGAUUGGAUGGCUUGAAAUCCAUCCAAUCACAGUGCUCUGUGUCAUUUUACACAGCGUGGGAAAGUUCUUUUUGAAUUUUCCCGCGCUGUGUAAAAUAUUAAAGGCUGCUUCUGAUUGGCUUAAACCCGCAAUCAGGUGUUCUUGUAAUUAUGCAGAAGCGGGGCAAGGCUUAUAAGCCUUCCCGGCUCUGCGGAGGCUCAGUCUGCGAAACCCUGAAAUGAAUAUUUUCUUCGAGUUUAAAUUUUGCGCUCUUAUUUUUAUUUCGAAACCGGCAGUAUAAUAAUUUUAUUACAGGCAUUUGAAAAAACCAUAAUUUGAAACACAACUGGGGUAGUAUUAUCCCCUCACUAUUUUUAAGGUAACAAAUAGAACAAAGAACGAUCACCUUGGGGGUAGUGACACAAGGCCCCCACCCGCGCCCAGAAAUGAAAACGUGAGCCCCCCAUUCAUUAUAGCCCCCACCCGCGCCCAGGGUAGGGCGGGGAGCAGUAGGUCCCCCCAUUCUCAUUAUGGCCUCCACCCGCCGCCCAGGGGUGGGGGCCGGGGGGGGGCAGUAGGUCCCCCCCAUUCUCAUUAUGGCCCCCACCCGCCGCCCAGGGGUGGGGGCCGGGGGGGGGCAGUAGGUCCCCCCCCAUUCUCCUUAUGGCCCCCACCCACCGCCCAGGAGUGGGGGCCGGGGGGGGGCAGUAGGUCCCCCCCCUCAUUAUUGCCCCCACCCGCCGCCCAGGGGUGGGAGCCGGGGGGGGCAGUAGGUCCCCCCCCCCUCAUUCUCACUAUGGCCCCCACCCGCCGCCCAGGGGUGGGGGCCGGGGGGGGCAGUAUGUCCCCCCCCAUUCUCCUUAUGGGGGUGGGGGCCGGGGGGGGAAGGACAGUAGGUUCCCCCCCCUCAUUAUCUUCAUGGCCCCCACCCGCCGCCCAGGGGUGGGGGCGGGGGGGGGCAGUAGGUCCCCCCCCACCCGCCGCCCAGGGGUGGGGGUCGGGGGGGGCAGUAGGUCAUUUGGUCUCCCCCCUUAUUUUAUUUUAGGGCCCCCACCCGUCGUGGGGGCCAAUAGUUUUUUUUACAGUUUUUUUUACAGUGAGCAGCCACAGGCUGCUCACUGUUUACCAGACAUGCCCCUACUCGCAGUAUAGCGAGUAGGGGCAUAUUACUUACUAAUACCAAGUAAUUUUUACUUGGUAUUAGUAAAGUUGGCUGAAAGACCAAUUUAGGUCUUUCAGCCUUUUAGUAGAUAACUCCCUGAUACCAUGGGAAUUAGGGAGUUAUCUACUAAGCGGCUGCAAGAUGCAGCCACAGCAAGAAUAGGAUCAGAGAUUCAUUCGAAUGAAAUUCUGAUCCGAAUAAAGUGCCGAAUUGCGUUCUAAAAGAAACGAACAGACUGUUGUCAUUCAGUUAGAACGCAAUUCGGCAGUUUUGUGUAAAGUGACAGGACGCAUUGUGGGAACACAGAGGGAAGGUAAGGAUCAUGGGAAAAUUGCUCUGACCAGCGGAAAUGAAGCACACUUUGCUCCUCCGCUGGUCAGAGCUUUGUCUUAUGAUUUUAAAGAAAACUAAAGAAGACAGGAAGAAAAGAAUAACAGAUCCUGAGAGAGGGGGAGAAGCGGAAGAGAUUGAGGAAAGGUAAGUUCGGCAUGACAGUGCCGCUUUAAGUGCUUAGAGGACCACUAUAGGCACCCAGACCACUUCAGCUCCAUGAAGUGGUCUGGGUGCCAAGUCCAUCUAGUUUUAACCCUGCAGCUGUAAACAUGUUUAUACUAGGGUUAAUCCAGCCUCUAGUGGCUGUCUCAAAAAUCACAGUUCGAAGACGCUGGACGUCCAUUGGAAAGCAUUGAAUGCACGCACGGCUCUUGCCGCGCAUGCGCAUUCGGCGCUGACGUCGGCAGAGGUAGGAGAGUUCCCCAGCCAGGCGCUGGAGAAAGGUAAGUGUUUAACCCCUUCAGCCACUUUCAGCGGGAAUGGGACCCUGAGGGUGAGGACGACGAUCAAAUGACCCUAUAGUGCAAAGAAAACAAUACUGGUCCUUUAAGUCUUACUUUGGUUAUACAUGUUUAGAAAUCAUCACUGUCUGAAUGUGUUUUGUUUUUUUAAAAACCUGUUCUGAAGGUCACAAUACAAUCAGAGAAAUUCUAAAUAUGCAUUUUGAGCGAACUGUGGUACUUAAAGGUGUACUCAAAGCACCAUAACCACUACAAAUCAUUGUAACCCCCCCCCCCAACAAUAUAAGGAGUCAAACAGUAUUCUUAUCUAAGAUCUGCUGGAUGCCACUCCCUUCCGUUAGCUCUUCUGAGCUAAUCUCUGCAAUUCAGGACUUAACGCGUUGCAGGGCUUAGUUCAGAAGAGCUAACAGAAGUUCCUACUUGGCAACACCCGUCAGACCGCAGGUAUGAAGUUGCAGUGCAAUGGUACUUGGAGUGUUCACUUAAAGGAUAUCAGGACAUAGGUAAGUUAGGUUGAUUUUUAAGUCCGAUCAUGCUCUCGUGUAUAAAAUGUUCUGCCUUUAUUUAAUAUUUUUUCCAUUAAAAGAUUUAACUUUUAAUUUAAAAUGCUUAGUCUAUAAAUUUAGUCAUUUUUCUCUUUUUUUUAUUUUUUUAUUCUUCUUUAUUUUAGUUGUGCAUAGAUAAUACAAACAGGCUUGCAAUGCCACAACAGCUAGCUAGAGCAAGCAUUUUAAAAGAUAUAGAUUGGCAACUGUACGACAACUGAUAACACUGCACGUGCAUUUGCAGAUUACUCAGAUGUAUCCUAAUGGCACUUUCCUUUUUUAAUAUACAAAUUUCUUCAUUUACAAAAUAAGAUUUAUUUAUUUUUUACUGGAAUUUUAGAGUUUAAGAAAUGAUAUGAUUAACUCCAGUACCCGUACAACAGAAAAGAUAAUCAUACAUAAAGAUGUCAAACCAAAUAAUUAAAGCAGCAGUUUUAACCAUGCUCUCUGUACAACCGUAUCUGCUUAAAUAUAGCACUUGUGCUUAGUGGCAUUUAAAUAUAGUUUAAUAAAAUGUACUUCCCACCUUUAUUUCUUCCAUAUUUCCUACAGCAAAAAAUAAAUACAUUUUAGAUAUAAUGCAGAAGUCACGAGCUUAAACUUAACACCUUGUAAUAAUGCAUCAGAGCAUCAGAAUAUUAUAACAAACAGUACAAUAAGGAUGCGCCUAAAAUGUAUACUAAAAUAUAUAAAAUACAAUAAAUAAUAAAACAAUGUAUAAAAUAUGAUAUAAAAAAAUAGUUGACGAUCGUCCAAAGCUUAUCAGAGUUCGUGAUGAGGAGUCCCACGUAAAAUAAAGGAAGAUUCUUUAAGGUGUGGAGUAAGGUCAAAUCUUCAUAAUUGUAUGUUUAGGAUUCAAUGGAGCAUAUGUGGAGAGAAGAAGAGACAGAACUCCAAUGGUACAGUAUGUAGAUACGUUGAAAAUGAAAUAAUAAAAUAGGUCUUACUCACAAUUUUCAAAGCUGAGGAUCCAGCUCUGAUGUUAAGCACGUGAAGUGGAAUAAUCCCCACUCAAGGAUAUAUGGAGUAGAUUUCAAAUGACGAUUCUCUGGUACACGUUCAACGUCCAAAGUACAGACCCAGAAGGAGAGAAUAAAAUAUAUAGUGCUCUCUGUAUUAUGGUAAAUGGUUAAAAAGUGUAAAAUGUAUAUUACUCACAUUCUUUUGAGCAGGUAUAUACUGCUCACUUAUAAGCGCUUAGGUGGUAUAAUCCCCACCUAUGGAUUCUUUAAGCUUCUUCUGAAAAUAUAGGUAGUCAGGUGAAAGAAAAGAAAAGAAAAAUGGCAAUAAAGUGUUUUAUGCCAAAAAUUCUUUAUUGUAACGUAAUAAAAUAAUAUCUAGACGCGUUUCGCCACAGGGGCUUCUUCAAGUAGAUAAAAGUGAAAAAAGGAGGGGCACACCUGACAUACAAAGGCUUAUAUAAGGUUCAAUGGGGCUAUGGAUUUAAAAUUCCCACCAAAAUGACAUCAUCAGAGCAUCUAAAAAUUAGUACAAACAAAAACAAUAAUUUGCCAUAGAUAUAUGUUAAUAUAAUGAAUGUGAGGUAGAUACAAUGCUUUUUAAUAAAAAACGAAGGUUAUAACUACUAAAAAUAACCAAUUAAAAGCAAUCACGUGACGCGCGAUCGCAAACACUUCCGCGUCACGUGAUGCUAGGUGGAACGCAUGCGUUCCGUUAGUAUGGAACGCAUGUGUCAUAAGAGGGGAGAUAGAUUCUCCCAAAUGCUCGGAGAAAGUUUGGCCGAACAGAGAGAAGGCUAUCUGCUGAUAACAACAGGCAGAUAGACAGUGAGUACUAUGUGCCACUGUGAAGGCUAUCUGCCUGUUGUUUGCGAUCGCGCGUCACGUGAUUUUAAUUGGUUAUUUUUAGUAUUUAUAACCUUCGUUUUUUAUUAAAAAGCACCUUAAAGAAUCUUCCUUUAUUUUACGUGGGACUCCUAAUCACGAACUCUGAUAAGCUUUGGACGAUCGUCAACUAUUUUUUUUUAUAUCAUAUUUUAUACAUUGUUUUAUUAUUUAUUGUAUUUUAUAUAUUUUACUAUACAUUUUAGGCGCAUCCUUAUUGUACUGUUUGUUUUGUGUUCUUCCAAUCAUUAGGGAAUUAUAGGGGAUUCCCUUUUGAGGAGUGCAGCCUUUAUUUAUUGUGGCCAUUUAGCGCUGAUUUUUUUCUGUUUUCUAUAUAUAUAUAUAUAUAUAAGCCAGAAAAAAUCAGCACUCCCAGGAAUUUUAUUUUUAUUCCAGUAGUCAACGUUUCAGUUCCACUGGGGAACUUUCAGCAGUUUUUCUGUCCUGAUGAAAGUUGAACUGAGUGGAACUGGGAGUGCUGAUUUUUUCUGGCUUUAUCUAUAUAGUACAAUCAAGCACCGGGUUUAUUUAAAUGUACAUGGGAGAGGAAAAAGUAUUUGAUCCCCUACUGAGUUUGAACGUUUGUCCACUGACAAACAAAUGAUCAGUCUAUAGUUUUAAUGGUACGUGUAUUUUAACAGUGAGAGACAGAAUAACAAAACAAAAUCCAGACAAACGCAUUUAAAAAACUUUAUAAAUUGAUUUGCAUGUCAAUGAGUGAAAUAAGUAUUUGAUCCCAUAUCAAUCAGCAAGAUUUCUUUCUCCCAGGUGUCUUUUAUACAAGUAACGAGCUGAGAUUAGGAGCACUCUCUUAAAGGGAGUGCUCCUAAUCUCAGCUCGUUACCUGUAUAAAAAACACCUGUCCACAGAAGCAAUCAAUCCGAUUCCAAACUCACCACCAUGGCCAAGACAAUGUCCAAGGAUGUCAGCGACAAGAUUGUAGACCUGCACAAGGCUGGAAUGGGCUACAAGACCAUCGCCAAGAAGCUUGGUGAGAAGGUGACAGCAGCACCAACAAGGUCCCCCUGCUCAAGAAAGUACAUGUAGAGGCCCGUCAGAAGUUUGCCAAUGAAUAUCUGAAUGAUUCAGAGGAGAACUGGGUGAAAGUGUUGUGGUCAGAUGAGACCAAAAUAAAGCUCUUUGGCAUAAACUCAACUCGCUGUGUUUGGAGAGGGAGGAGGAAUGCUGCCUAUGACCCCAAGAACACCAUCCCCACUGUCAAACAUGGAGGUGUACACAUUAUGCUUUGGGGGUGUUUUUCUGCUAAGGGAACAGGACAACUGCACCGCAUCAAAGGGACGACGGAUGGGGCCAUGUACUGUCACUGUAAAAUACACCUACCAUUAAAAUUAUAGAAUGAUCAUUUCUUGGGCAAACGUUCAAAAUCAGCAGGGGAUCAAAUACUUUUGUGUGUGUCUGUAUAUAUGUGUUUGUGUGUAUAUAUAUAUAUAUAUAUAUAUGUAUAUAUGUGUAUGUAUGUGUGUAUAUAUAUAUAUAUAUAUAUAUAUAUAUAUAAUUUUAUGCCUUCAGAAAGAAACUCUAUCCAUAGAAAUCAUUGCAUAUUCUGACCAUUGGCGAUUUGCCAUAAGGCCACCGAGGACACGACCACAGGGCGGCAGCCAGAUCUUUGAUCUUCUCACUGGCCAACCCAUACUCCAGCUGUGGGCCACUACACUAUCACUCCUGUUCUCCCAAUACAGCAAUUAUCCUCCAACCACAGUCACUAUCCCCACUACAGCCACUAUCCCUCCACCUCUUCCCAUGUCCACCCACUACAGCCCCAGUAUUAUCUUAACCCCUUAAGGACCAAACUUCUGAAAUAAAAGGGAAUCGUGACAUGUCACACAUGUCAUAUGUCCUUAAGGGGUUAAAGGAAUACUUUGACCUCAAAACACUAUACUACUUUAUUUUGUUCUGCUUCUAUAUAUCUACGAGAAUAUGUAUUGCCAUAAGAACUGCCUGAUGUACCAGUACUACACAAUACCCCAAUGCGGGAGUCAUUUCGCCCAGGUGUUCAAGUUGGAGCUGGAUAGAAGCUCCCUAAACGUGUGAGCGCACAUUUUUACCUACCUCAUUUUCUAUGAAGAUUUGAACCUGCUACACUAUCAGUUCCUAUUAUGUAUUUUUUCUGUCGUUUCAUAUAUAUAAUCUAUCCAAACAACAUUUCAAGUGUUUUAUUCAAUGUUUUGUGAGCCGAUUUAAGAUACAAAUGUUUAUUACAGGGUUACUUCAAUGGUAACGCUGUACAAAUUUUUUGUGGUCUCCAUAUCCAAUCAACAGGGCUCGAAUUUUCCAUUCGCCCAUUAAAUUCAACCCUGAAAGAUGUGUCAUGGACUCCCACUCUUUGUGAGGAUACAGUACUGUUGGGUAGCAGAAGCAUAUUAUAAGAGUGGUCCCCAACCACUACCAAUACUACUAUCCACAACACAGCCAUUAUGACAGUACUGUCUGAUUGAAAAUAACUUUUAUGCUCCUGGGAGUGUAUAUCGGCUGUGAGACUAACCAGGACUGUGAGGGUUCAACAAAACAGUGCGGUACUGGCCGUUUCAAACUCUGCAAAGUGUAGCCCUCCUCACCCCAUAGUUGGUACUUUUUUAUUUUUUUAUUUACACAUUUUCUUUGAAAAGGGACUGGGUAGUGUUCUCAUCUGAAAAAAGAACAGGAAAUUGGCAAACCUGAGGCAUAUGCAUGUGUAAACAAGUUCUGGCCUAACAGUCAAGUUAUUUAAAUUAUUUAUUUAGAAAUAAUUAACAUUUGAAUAACAGAGGAGUCUUGAAAAUUAGCGGGGCUUGUUGAGGAGAGCUAUGGCCUGGUUGAGAGAUUAGAAAAUCCGACAAAUUUUUUUUAAUGUUUAGUGUAAAGUAAAGAAACUUGGCGACUACAUUUUAUUUUAUACAUUAAAAUCUACAGUUUCCAAACCUAAUCAAACUGAAGUUAGAGCUUUAUUGGUCUGAUGUACUCUUUUAUUUAUAAAACACUACUGGGAAAGCAAUCAGCUGACAAUCUCAGGCAAUGAGCUAUACUCUGCGUUGCAGGUUUGGAUCAGGAGAGCUAAUGUCAGUUCCUGCUUUGGAAAUACCGGCGUUGAUAGUGUAGGCGAGGAACAUCUGUUGUAGUUAUGGUGUUUGUCGUGUUCUUUUAAUGAUAUUUUCAAAUUUUGACAAUUUAGAGUAUCAUUAAGGACCUGAGUAUUGUACUUCUGUAAUUAAUAGAUUUCAGUUGAAUUUAAAUAACUUCAAUAGUUGACAAUCCAGUUUGCAUAAUUAUCUUUGAGGAUUGUUAUACUUGCAGAGCAACACAGUAGAGCAGAUUGAAAGUUUACAUACAUAUUUACAUACUGUGAAGUAGUGUGGAGGUCAAAUACUUGUUCGAACAGUGCGUUGCCAAUGCCAUUUGCAUUUUUUUUACAAAGCGAUUGGAUUUAGUCAUGGCAUGUUUAGAAGAUUUUUUUUUUAUUUUAACAGAAUUAAUUUUUAAUAUUAAAAGUUCCACCCACUCCCCACGGAUAGGGUUGCCACCUGGCCGGUAUUUUACCGACACAGCCGGUAUUUGAUGCUCUGUGGCCGGUGCCGGUAUUGCAAAAAUACAGACAAUACAAUUGCCGGUAUUUUUCUUUGAAGAGAAUAUUCUGCAAUAUUGGCACCGGCCAGGGUGUGCAGUGCUCUGAGGCUGUACUAAGAAAACUUGUUGGUGCUUGGCUGUGUGAAGAGGGCUGAGAUUGUCCCUGCCCUCUCUAAUGAUAGAGUCCGCAUGGGAGGAGUGGGAGGAGGGAGGAGCUCAGUCUUGAGGGCAGGUACCUUUGUGUGUGUAUUCAGCAGUCUCUGUAUGUAUUCAGCAGUCUGUGUAGGUGGCAACCCUACUCCCCAUACAGUUUUUUUCUGCAAUUUGAGUGGAAGAAUACAUAGACUAUACAGUGAUUUAAGACAUUUGUACAUCAUUCAAAAUGUUCUGUAAGCUUUGUUAGUGACACACUGUGUGGGAGGAAUAGUUAAUUCUUGUUAAAUACACAUUUGUUCUUAAGCCAGAGGUUAUACAUCUAGGCACUACAAUUUAUCAUAAAAGAUUCAGAGCGUGACAUUUUAUAGCGCAGAAUUUUUAGGAUACUUUUUAGAAGAUGUUUGUUUUUGGUCAAGUGCAUGAAAUUUCUGCUUUAAUGAGUUUAUUCUUCCAAGUGCUGGCUUGGGAAGAAUUAUAGUGUAACAUUGCAGUCUUUUAUACAGUGAUUUUCAAUGCUGAUAUAGUUAGUCAUCCAUCCUUCGUAUAAAUGUUAUGAAGGUUUCAAAGACUUUAUUGUAAUGAGUAAAGAACACCUUCAAACACUUUUUAAAUGAUGAAGCUAUAUAUAUAUAUAUAUAUAUAUAUAUAUAUAUAUAUAUAUAUAUAUAUAACAUUUUUACAAUCACCAGUCUGCCUCUCUCACUAGCUUGGGACUUUCCAACAUCACGUUCCCCUCUCCCCCCUUAUUUUUCUGUCCUUUUUUUGAACUUAUCUUCUAAUCAAGAGGGGAAAAGUUGUGGUGUGGGGUGCAAAAAAAAAAAAAAAAAAAAGGGGGGCCGAAAUAUAUACACUUUAAGCUCUAUCAUGUCAUAUCAUCUGGAAGGAGCCAUAUCACUGCUGUACUCUUCAUCAAUGCGCAAGAGGUCUAUGGAGGUUAAGUAGGCCGUCCCUCUCAAUGUGCACAAAGAUGCCUGUUGUUGGAUUUAACAAAACUCGGGCGCAGAAGCUCAUCCUUUUGUCAAGUUUUGUGAACUUAGUCAUGAGAUAAUGAGAUUUCAACACAGUCAAAUGAGUAUUCCUUAAAGUAAAAUAUUCAAAUGUGAUAUUUGCAGUGGCACAGAUCUAUUCUACAUAUAUAUCCUUUAUAAAUUUACAUAGACUAAAAAUAAAAUAUGCAGAAAUAAAGGGUCUUAAUAAUGAGACACCAGUUUGUCUCAAAAUAAGGUUAAUUGAAAGACGUUCUCAGAUGCCCAAAUAUGGCAGAUUUUGACACUGCUAAUGUGGAAUUGUCAAUCCCACAUUAGUCCUACAGCCAGCAAGGGACCAGUCCACAGGUCACUGGGGGACACUUGCUUUUUAUCAAACUGCUAGAAAAUGGUUUGACACAAAACCAUAGGACGACAGCAGUAGCCUGCUAGCACCAUAACCACUACAACUGGAUGGUACGCAAGUGUGCCUCAUUUGAAUCUAAAUAAAUACAGAUACUUGCUAGGUACAAAAUUAUAUUUACAAAAGUGCGUUUUUUAAGAGACUCAUUUGCAUUUGAUGCACCUUUUGUCUACUGUGAUGUGGUAUGCACCUUUUUUAAUUUUAAUUUCUUCUCUAAUUUUUCCCUGAGGUAUCAUACUCAAAUUUCAAUGUACUUUAAUUCCUCUUAAUUUCCACCCAUUUAAAAGGUAUAAUGAGAUAAAUUAAUAUAAUCUUACAGUAAUUGAAUUUCUCUCUGAAUCAUGUUAAUUUUAUAGCCCGUAAACUAGAACCUGUAUGCAUUAUGUCAUUUAUUCAUUGAGUGUUAGAAUAGAUUUUCCUUGGAAGCGCACAUCAUUGUAUCUUGCUUCAGAUUGAUGUGUGGGCUGAUUGUUGCGUUGGUAUCCUUGUCAUCAUAUGCAAAGGUUUCUAUGGGGAUAGUUCCUUUCUGAAUGGAUAAAGUCUUAAUAUAUGUAAAAUUCUGAUGCAUAAUUACUAGAUGUUCAUUUUUAACUUGUUACUUCUGCAUUAUAAUCUAAAUUAUAUAUUUUUUUUAUUUCAUUUUUUUUGUGAAGAAACAAGGGUGGGAAGUAAAUUUGUUUAAUUGAAAGCAUAUUAAAAUUCUAUUUAUUUUUGAAAUGUAUAUUUAAUAAUAUCUAUAUCCUAAAACAUUCCAGUUAUUAUUAAAGUAAUGAUUGUAAUGCAUCCAAUAUAUUAUGAAUGGCUGUUGCACAAUAUGUUUUGGAGAGGGACUGUUGCUCGAUAAAAUGUAAGUAAAAUAAAGAUUAUUUUCCUUGUCUCCAGAGAAGACUCCUCCUCUGCAGCCCCCCGCAUUGGAACUAGGCUUCUGCCGUCAAAAGCCACGCUCCUACAAUCAAAUGCUGCCUUAAGCAGUAUUUGAUUCCACGAUUGAGUUUCACUUGGUUCUAAAAGGCAGAUAAAGUGAGUGUAAUCUAUUUAUUAACUGGGCAUUGAAGACAUAAGAAAUAAAUAAUAAUAAUCAUCCAAAAAAUGUAAUUUCAAAUUAUAUAUGGUAUGUAUGUGCAUAUUUUUGCUUGUAAUGUAUUGUGUUUGAAUGUGUGAAUAUUGUGAGUGUAUGCAGUUGUGUAAAUACAUUCAGGGUUAACAAAAAGAGUUAGAAAUGAUUAGGAUAAAGGGAAGGGUUUCAAUUACACCCGGGUUGUUAGAUUACAUAGGGUGUUUAGCGUUAAGAGCAUUGAAAGCUUGAGAGGGGUUAUAGUUGUAAGGUUUAUAUAUAUAUAUUUUUUAUUAUUUAGUUUAGAUUGAGAGUGAGAGAAAAUGUAGUAUUGGCGUUAAUGCUGUGUUUAAUUUUGAAGCGCACUUAAACCUAGUAUUAAGGUCGAGGGUAUUGUUUGAGGUAUAGGCUUAAAUUUAGGAAUAAGAAAUAGUUUAAGUUUUAGGAGGGUUUAAAUUAAGGGUUAAGGGAAAUGGCGUAUUUAGGAUAAAGAUGUGUGUAGUUUGAAUAGUUAAUUGCGAAGUACUCUUAUAUGAUUUGAGAGUAUACCUGCAGGAGCUGUUUUACUGUGUAAAUCACUAAUUGCUGUCUGCUCCUCAUGUAAAAUAUUUCCUGUGUCAGAGGCUGUUAGUAGGCAGAUGGGAAAUUAUACCUUUCACUUCCUGUCCAGCCUCACACAAAAACUCUGGAGGAGCUAUGUUUAUACCCUCCAUAACUGUUCCUGCAGCCCUGCUAUCAGAGGGGUAACUAGAAACUUCAGGGCCCCGGUGCAAAAAUUGCCCUAGGGACCCCCGCCCCUCCAUUUGUAUAAUAUAAAACAUACACAGACACGCAUUUAAAAACACACAGCCACAGAAUGAAACACAUUCAGAAACACAGAAUGACACUUCUACAGAUACACACACUGACACGCACACAGAUACAAACAGUGACACACAUACAGAUACAUAGGGGCAAACACUGACACACAUACAGACAAACAGUUACACAUACAGACACACAUGCAAACACAGAUACACAUACAAACAUACAGAGCACAGAGAUACACAUGCGGAUACACAGACACACAUAGACACACAAAUGCAGAUACACAGACACACUUAAUGACAAACAUUCAGAUACACAGAAUGACAUGCAUACAGAUAUAAACUGUGACACACAUACAGAUACAUAGCGGCACACACUGACACACAUGCAAACAGAUACCCAUCCAGACAUACAGAUAUACAUACAAACAGAUACACAUACAGGCAGACAUUCACACACACAGAUACAGACAUGCAAACACACAUUCACACAAAUACAGACAUUCACUCACACACAAACACAAACUGUUAAUUUUAGUCACCCUCCUGUUUCCUACCUUUGGUGCAGGAGGGUGACUUCCCUGGGGUCCAGUGGCUGCCUUCGGCUGAUGGGAGUCAGAGCUCCUACUCUGACUCCCUCUUCUCCUCCCUGGCGCUCUCUCUUCCCGCGUGACUCUCUCUUAGCUGGAAGGAAGUGACGGCUUUCUCCCAGCGCCAGCGGGUGCUCUGACGUCAUCACCUUUAAAGCGCCCCAGGUAAUUCAUUGCCAUUGGGAGGCCUCAAGAGCAUGGGCCAUCCGAUGGGCCCCGUCUAUGUGGCCCCGGCAGUUGUUCCGCGCGGCCAGGGCCGCACCAGAAUCUCGGCGGGCACCGUGGUUGCAGUGACUGGCCCUGUCGCAGCUGCAACCCCUGCGACCGCGGUAGUUCCGCCACUGCUUGCUAUCAAGCAUAGGUGGGUGACAAAAUUACAUUGUACACUGGCCAAGGCUCCUGGUACUUGGCUCUACUCACCUACCCACCUUAACUCCAAAAAGACACAUUAUAAGUAGUAAAAAUAUGCUCCACUCCAAAAUAGGUGUCUGUGGUUAAGUUCCUACUCUGCAAAAUAGGAAAUCUGCCCUGCACUGAAACACACAUGUAAAUAUUUACCUUUUGAUUGGCUUAUGCUAAAUCACUUUAUUAACCCCUUCAGGACGGAGUCAAUAGUACACGUUCUGAUCAAAACAAAAACUGGAAUUUGCACUAAAUGUCUGUUCACCCGUAAUUCACCGCUGUCACAUUAAGUGCACCCACACUUAUUAUAUAUCAUUUUGUUCAGGAGAAACAGGGCUUUAAUUUAUCAUUAAUUAUUCAUAUAUGGAACAUCAUUUAUUAUGAAUAAAAUGUAAAAUUUUUUUAGAAAAUAAGAUUUUUUUUAAAAAUUUGUAUUUCCGUCUGACAUUUUAGCUGUUAAUGUCAUAAUACUGUUCGGUAUUACUGCAUAAAAAUGCACAUAUUUGUAAUCAGCGAUGUCUCACGAGUACAACAGUACCCCCCAUUAACAGGUUUUAUGGUGUUUUGGAAAGUUACAGGGUCAAAUAUAGAACAUUCCAUUUUCAAAUUGAAAUUUGCCACAUUAGUAAUGUUACCUUGAGACGGUGUGGUAGCCCAGGAAUGAGAAUUACCCCCAUAAUGGCAUACCAUUUGAAAAAGUAGACAACCCAAGGUAUUGAACGUGGGGUAUGUUUAGUCUUUUUUAAUAGCCACUUAGUCACAAACACUGGCCAAAGUUAGCGUUCAUAUUUGUAAUCUUUUAUGUAAUUAUAUGUAUUUAUAUAUAUAUAUAUAUAUAUAUAUAUAUAUAUAUAAUUUGCGGUUAUUUGUAUUUUAUAUAUAGAUAGAUAUAUAUAGAAUGUCAUUCUAAGUGUAUUUUGUUACCAAUAUAUAUAUAUUAAUAACAAAAUACAGUUAGAAUGAAAUUACAUAUGAAUAUAUAAUUUUAAUAAAAUUUUGUUUCAAUAUUUUAUUUUUUAUUAUUUUAUUUAUUAAUGUAAUUAUACAUAUAUAUAUAUAUAUAUAUAUAUAUACACAUAUAAUAUAUGUGUAUAUAUCUAUUAUAUAUAUAUAUAUAAUAAACAUAUUAUAUAUAUGUAACGUCAUUCUAAGUGUAUUUUAAUACUAAUAUAUAUACUAAUAUUAAUGUUAAAAUACACAACGUAUGACGUUAUAUAUAUUUAUUUAUUUUAUUUUACACAUGUUUAUUAUUUUUUUUUUUUACAUUUCCCACCAGCAGGGGGACUGUCUGAUAUAUUAGACAGUCCCCCUGCUGGCAGAUCCACAGCCAGCUAUAGGGGGCCAUGUGAUCGCUCUUUGAGAGCGAUCACAUGGCCCCCGGGGGCCUCAUUCGCCGGAGGAGGGCUGCUUGGGCGGUCAGGCAGCCCUCCAGAAGAGGAUCGCAGCGGAGGUAAGUAGCUGCCAUCCCCUGGGGGCUUAAGCCGUUACGGCGUUCUAUGCCGCCGCAACGGCUUUAAAGCAGUUAAAGCCGCGACGGCAUAGAACGCCAUAACGGCGUUAAGGGGUUAAAGGGACACUAUUAAUGUUGUUCUGGUGAGUACAAUCAUUGCUUUCAGGCAUUUUCAUGCAAACCCUGCCUUUGCAGAGAAAAGGCAGUGUUUACAUUGUCCGUAGGGACACCUCCAAGUGGCCACUCCUCAGAUGGCCACUGGAGGUGCUUCCUGGCUCAGUGCUGCACAGUAGGCAGCUCUGUCGUCCAUGGGAAAGCAUUGGAUUGGCUAAAAAUCUGCAAUUCUGAUGAUGUCGCUAAGGGGGCAGGCCAGAGCCGGCAGACCUGCACAGCGUUGGAAAUAAGGUGAGUUUUUCAUGCUUUUGGUGGGGGGAGGGCAAGCCAUCUUAAGGUGGGUUUUGCACUAUAGGGUCAGGAAUACAUGUUUGAGUUCCUGACCCUAUAGUGUUCCUUUGAUAAAAGAGUAUAGAUGGAUGGAUGCUUCCACUAUUCAAAUACUCAUGAAAUAGUUCUCGCCCCAAGUACUAAGAGUGACUUUAGUCCCUUAACUAACUUUUACUUACAGUCAUGAGUGUGACAUGGGCCUGUAUUGUACAGAUUAUGUGGUACAUAAAUUUAUAUAUAUUUAAAAGGGUCACUCACCUGUUUUAUGAUUAUGAUGCCAGAGAUACCCUGACCUGGUUCCCCAGUAAUGGGACAAACCAUUUAGCAAUGGAUUGACCCCUUACAUCGAUCUUAGGGUUCCGAGGCUCCCUGAUGGUUUGGUGACAAGGCUCUGCAAAAGUCACAUGUUGCUACUGUCCAAAUUUAUUUGGGGGGAGCAUCUGCUGACAACUCUCGGCCAAUGACUUACUGUGCUUUGCACAGAAUUGACAUCAGCCAACCCGGAACUCUAGUUUUAGGUGUAAUGUAGUCUAUUGUAGGAUAUGAAUUUUGUUGUGUAAGAAUGCCAUUCAUAUUUACAGAUUUAUUUAUUUAUUUAUUUUAAAUUCCAAAAUUGUUGGAAUGCCAGAGAUUGUGCCCUGCUAUUUACAGCUGUUGUUCAAUGCACCCCAUACAUACUCUGGAUAGUAUCUCAAUGCACAUUGCCACAUCACACUGCAAUACGGUUUUUAUAACAUGAUGCUACAGGUACUUUAACUAAGGUCAAUAAACAAACGUGCCCCUACUCAACCCCCCACCCACCCAGAUUUAUUUAUCAUUGUGUCUAUCUUGUUUGUGGAACCUGAUAUCUGACUUGCCUUCCACAGCUUUCUAUUAACAUGUUUACUUGUUCUUGAAUCACAGCACUUCAGUGAAUUAAACAUCUGUCUGACUUGAUAUAGCAUACACAAAUAUCUACAAGAGGAACAGUAGAUAUUAAAAUGUAAAAGUAAAUAUUUAAUGCAGGUGCAAUGGUAUUUUUGUAAAUGGAACCAAUGUUGUUGAAAUUGCUUCUCUUAUUAAUGCAAAAAUGGCUUUGCUUCUAAUAUGCUUUCUUUACUCCGCAUUGAUUUAUUCAUGAGCUACAUGUUCUGCUUUGCAUACUUGACUAUAAAUGAAUUAGUGGAAAGGUUUUGUUUCAUUACCCAGGGAUUUUGAUCACUGAAUAGCAUUUUUCUAGUAAUGAUUACAAAACAUUUACCUUGCUGUCCUUCCUGAUGUUACUAAUUGUUUUAUUCCUGAACCAGGUAAAGAGGCGCUGCAGUUGAUUGAAGUGGUUAUGGUACAUUUCGCCAUCUGUAGUUUGUGCCAAACCAUUUUUUUCGCAUGUGAUAAAAACAGCUCUCCCAUGUUGCCAAAUGCCUAUGAAGCUGUUCGGUCUGCGUUACCCAUCCAAAGCCAUUCAACCUUGAAUGGCAAUGACAGGCUGAGAGCUUAUUGUACCAUAUUCUCUACAAUGAGCUACAGUGAUUAUGGUGCAUAAGGUGUUCUUUUAUAGAAGAAAGACGGCCAGUCAUGACUGAAAACCAAAUAACCAUGACUAAUAACAAAAUCCUAAAUGUAAAGCAAUGUGAUCCAUGCACUCAAGGUGCAAAAGGUAGCAGAUUUAUUUGGAGAAUCGCAACAUAAACAGCAAAGUUUCAACCUCCAAUGAGGUCUUCAUCAAACUAACUCCCAAUAACACAAUCCAAAUACAGUAUCUCACAAAAGUGAGUACACCCCUCACAUUUUUGUAAAUAUUUUAUUAUAUCUUUUCAUUUGACAGCACUGAAGAAAUGACACUCUGCUACAAUAUAAAGUAGUAAGUGUACAGCCUGAAUAACAGUGUAAAUUUGCUGUCCCCUCAAAAUAACUCAACACACAGCCAUUAAUGUCUAAACCGUUGGCAACAAAGGGAGUACACCCCCUAAGUGGAAAUGUCCAAACUGGGCCCAAAGUGUCAAUAUUUUGUGUUGCCACGAUUAUUUUCCAGCACUGCCUUAACCUUCAUGGACAUGGAGUUCAGCAUAGCUUCGCAGGUUGCCACUGGAGUCCUCUUCCACUCCUCCAUGACAACAUCACAGAGCUGGUGGAUGUUCGAGACCUUGCGCUCCCCCACCUUCCAUUUGGGGAUGCCCCACAGAUGCUCAAUAUGGUUUGGGUCUGGAGACAUGCUUGGCCAGUCCAUCAUCUUUACCUUCAGCUUCUUUAGCAAGGCAGUGGUCCCAAAAUAGCAUUUAGCAUAUCACUUGAUGCAGUUCAUGCAAUUAACUAAGUAGGUGUGUGUUUUGCAAUUUCACUUGUAUCUAUGGGUAAUUAUGUGAUAUUUAUUCAUUUAUUGGAUUCCGCGCUGGUGACUCUAUCGAAACUGCUGUGACCAAAGUAUCCAACAAUUUAAUUGCUGCUAAGUCUCACGGCCAAUACUCUAUCCUAAUCCUCCUUGAUCUUUCUGCCGCCUUUGACACUGUUGAUCAUCAACAGUGUCCAUAAUUUUGGUCUACGGGAUACUGCUCUCUCCUGGUGCUCCUCUUACCUCUCCCAGCGCUCUUUCAGUUUUUCUUUCUCUGGCUCUGCCUCUUCUCCCCAACCCCUCUCUGUUCUCUAUCUAUACUGCCUCCCUUGGUAAACUCAUCAGCUCCUUUGGCUUCCAAUACCAUUUAUAUGCAGACGACACGCAAAUCUACCUGUCCUCCCCUGAUCUCUCUCCGCCCACCUUGACUCAUGUUUCUGACUGCCUCUCUGCUAUUUCCAACUGGAUGGCUGCUCACUUCCUUAAACUCAACCUGUCCAAAACAGAACUUCUAGUUUUUCCUCCCUCAAGUGCUGCUACUCCUGUGUCUGUCUCCAUCCAAGUCAACAGCGCUACUAUCACCUCUACCUCCCAGGCUUGCUGCCUAGGGGUUCUUUUUGAUUCUGAUCUCUCUUUUACUCCCCAUGUCCAAUCGAUAGCCAAAUCCUGUCGCUUCCAACUCAAGAACAUAGCGCGCAUCCUCCCAUAUCUAACGCCGGACGCGGCUAAGGUACUGGUGCAUGCUGUUGUUCUCUCUCGCCUUGCCUAUUGCAAUCCCCUUUUCACCAGUCUUACAUGUUCCCAGCUUGCACCGCUGCAAUCUAUAAUGAAUACGGCUGCGAGGCUUAUUUUCCUGUCCGGUCGCACCUCCCACGCCUCCACGCUCUGUCAGUCCCUGCAUUGGCUUCUAGUUAGAUAUAGGGCCCAAUUCAAAAUUCUGGCGCUUGCUUACAAAUUCCUACAUAAUGCUGCUCCAACAUACCUAUCCUCCCUCAUACACAAGUAUGUCCCAUCAUACUCCCUUCCCUCCUCAAUCUGACUUUCACCCAGCCUCCACUCCUUCAAAAAAUCUUUGAAAACUCACUUCUUCAUUAAAGCGUAUCAAUUAAACCGUCAGCAGGUUUCUCAUCCCCCACCCCAUGACUCCUUUCCUGCAACUGUCAAAAAUUACCUACCAAGCACUCCAUAAACCCUUCUCUAACAAACUAUGUAAUUCCCCUACUUUAACCCUUUGUUUCACUAUACCCCACUCCCUCUAGCAUGUAAGCUCAUCGAGCAGGGUCCUCAACCUCUCUGUUCCUGUACGUCAGUGGUCUGAUCUCAAUUAUGUGUCUGUUAGUCCACCCAUUGUACAGCGCUAUGGAAUUUGGUGGCGCUAUAUAAAUAAUAAAAUAAUAAUAAUAAUAAUAUAUAUAUAUAUACGGAUUGUGUUAUUGUGGUUUUAGAUUGAUAAAGAUCUAAUUGGAGGUUGAAACAUUGCUCUUUAUGUUUUGAUUCUCCAAAUCUUCUAACUUUUGUACCUUGAGUGUGUGGAUCACAUUAGUUUACCUUUAUGUAUGGGGUUUGCCAACCUUGGAUCCAACUCUGCACCUGGUUUCAUAUAUAUUUUAUGAGUGCAGACUCCUUCCUCCCUGUUUAAAAACCAAAUCAUGACAUGACUAGAAAAUUAAAAUCUAUGCAGGACUCUAUCAGUGUCUUGGAAACCAUGGUUAUUUUUACAUUUUGUAGAACACCUUUAUUAGACUAUUUGCUUUAUUAAAAGAGGGUCCACAUUGAAAUUCCAAUACAAUCCAAACAAAGAUAGAAUAAGACACAGUAGGGACUACUUUGUUUUAUGGUAAAGUCUGAGAUUGACAAAAUGCGAGCUCUGCUGUCAACUUUUGUCCAAUCCCAGCAGACGUCACAAGCGACACCUGUGGGAUUCAGACAUCGUCUUGCUCAAUGCCAGACGGGAUCUAUGGAGGCUUCCGAGGUCUCGGGUUAUUGUCUACAGUGCUCACUGUUGUAUUCUCAUGCAUGCCCAUUAGUACAUCACUAAAGCGGCUCAUGGCAAAUGAACAAAAGAAGGUCUCCAGGAAGUAGAUGGCUAAGGAAACUAACUAUAGAUGUCGCUGUGGCGAAAGUGACCUCGCCACUGGUUAACUUGCUUCCUACCCUGUGACUAUGGGCCCUGCAAUAUACCUUGCCCAAUACACUUUUAAAAGCUCCAUUCAUGUAAUGUAAGUACUUUUGUACUGCAUAAAGAGAGACCGACCGUUGGGCCUAAUUCCCUGGAACUCUUUUGGGCAUAGGACCAUGUGCACGGUUGGUCAAAACUAUGACUUCCAGGAAAUUCCUAAACCGAUCUGGGUUAUUUUUGGAUAUGUUGUUCACCCAGAUCAGGAGAUGGGACUUUUAUGGGGAUAUGUUGUGUUUUGGGUACUUAUUGGACUUUGUAACAAUGUGUUUGUUUUUUUCUGCCUGUCGACAAUUAAGUUAAUGCAUUAUCUGCCUUAAUUAUAUCACAGGCAUAGGGGAGGGAUUGUGUACUGUAUGUGGGAGUGUCAUUCAUUGUCAUAUUGUUUUUAUUGGCUUGCAUAUUUGUGUCCUGUGCCCAACAAGGUCCACCUGGGUGUCAACCUUGUUGGGAAACUUGCAUAAAAAGCCAGUGUGCCCCAUUAAAGCGGAGUUCCUGUUUUACCCUCAACAUAGUCUUGUCUCAUGUGUGGGGGAAAAGGCUGCAUCUACCCUGGGGAUUGCUAUAUCACUAUAUUCCCCAGGGAUUAUAAUCAAGAUCUUUUAAAAGGUGUUCCUGGUUGACUCUCUGGAGGAAGAGAGGUUCACCCACUGGAACCUGGUUCCUUGUCGUAGGUCCAGGGUGGGUAGGAGACGGCAAGUUCCCAGCCAACCUAUAACGCUAGACGUGGGGACUGCGGUGCUGAUGGUGUCUGGUGGAGUGCUUGGAGUCCUCAUUGUGCACUAGGAGCAUCCAUCGGCAGAGGUACCCAACCGGGGUACAGGAGGCUCCAUUACAGUCGCCUUCUGGGAUCUUUGCAAAAUAUGUUGAGAGCCCUGAAAGUGACACAUCUUAAUGUAAUCUACCCAGCAAAGCUGUUUUGGUGUAUAGAUCCGUCAGGACUGUAGGAGCAUGAUCUAUACACCAAAACAAAUUUAUUAAGCUAAAGUUGUUUUGGUGCUUAGAGUUCCCCUUUAGAGGAACAUACCAAACCCAUAAAGAGCUUCAGUUUGCAGAAGUGCUUUAUGUAUGAAGAGAGUGUCCUCUUUUUUUCAUUGUAUGUAAGUGCCAAAUUCAGCAGGAAUUGUCACUUUUAUAAGUUAACCUUGUUACACCUUCCCAGGUGUCAGACAGACGAUCCGGAUACACUGUGAUACUCUGUGGGAAGCUAAGCUCCAGAGCCAGACAAUUGCCCAUAGCUCUGCAAUGACUUUUCACUGACCUAUAAUGCAGCUAAUUCAGAAGUCUGUGACUAAACAGCCACAGAAAGUCUGAGCUGGGGACAUAGGAGAAUGCUUGCAGUAUCUGAACAUGCUAUAUAUGCAGCUGUUGCAAGCCAAAAUGUCAUAUAGCUCCAAAGAAAACAUGCAAAACUACAGUGAGCUGUAGUGGUAAUGGUACUUGAAGUGUUCCUUUAAGUAUUUUGGCAAUAAUCUCUGUCUGUUCUUGGCAACCUAAGUAUGAAUCCACUGCUGUUCUAUGGAAUUUGCCGUGAUUAUAAUUCAUUCUGUUUCACUGCAGAUAACUCUUGCCAGUUCUUCCUAUGUAGCAUCCUGUUCACCACAUGGCUCAAUUUACUUGUCAUCUGUGAUCGAGAAAUGCAUAGAGGAAUUGCAUGAUAUUUUUGACACAAUACUAUAACUUUCAAACAUCCCCCACAUAAUUAGCAGCACAUUUCUGUUUUAUUAUAAACAUUAUGGAAUUAUAAAUAAAAUUACACAUCUAUUCAAGGAGUCAACAAGGCAUAAGUACUAAAAAUAGAAGUAUUGACUUGAACAUAUAUAUGUAUAUAAUAUCUGCUUGUAACCUUUUCCAUCUACAAGAUUUUGAUUAAUUUUGCUGUAUCCAUUUUUCAUAGAAGGAGGCAAAAUUAUCUGUGGUUUAACUGCAGUUUUAACCAAUCGGUUCGGAUUCUGUAUUUUUAUUGGUUUUAAAAAAAAAAAUAAUAAUAAUAAUUGCAAAUUUAUGAAAGCCAAUGUUACUGGCAAACAGAGAUUUGUUAGUGCAGCAAACAUGCACUCUGAGUGGACAUAUAUUUCCGUGACUGCGGAAGCACUUGUAUGGAUUUUUAGAGUACAUAACUUGCUAUUGAUACAAUUUUAGGGGAUUUUUGUGGUGUCCUUCAGAUCGAAGACUCUUUAAAGGGACAUGGGUCUCAAGUUGAGACUGUUUUGCAAAAUUUGAAAUACUUUAGAAGAAUGUUUUGGGUUUUUUUGUACAGAGAGCCACUACAGCUGUUCUUGGCACACAAUUGAAAGCCGCUCUACAGUUAUACUUCUGCAUUAGCUGUCCAAAACUGUCCAACUUUGGAUAGCAAUGGUUGGCUAUAUGUGUUGGUUUGCCACCCAAAGACUUAUUGCACCAUUACCACUACUCUGCAUUGAACCACAAUGAGCUGUAGUGAUUGUCUCUUUGCUAUAUUCCUGCUUUCAAACUAAUAGGGACACUAUAGUCCUCAAAACAACAAGCUCAUGAUGCAGUAUGGGUGUAAGGAUAAUGGCUCUGGAGUCUAACUGCUCAAUGCUCUGCCAUUAAUAAGUAAAAUUAUUUUGUUUCUGUCCCUAGCCACACCUCCAUUGGCUGUGACUCACACAGCCUGCAUGAAAAAAUGGUUUCACUUUCAUUCAGAUAGUAGUUUACUUUAAAAGUGUUUAUUUCCUGCUCUUUAAAUUGAACUUUAAUCAUACAUAGGAGGCUCCUGCAGGGUCUAGCAAGCUAUUAACAGAGCAAGAGAUAAGAAAUUAUAAAUUAAGCAGAAUUUUAAAUAAAGGAAAUGCAAACAUUAGAUGACUCUUUACAGGAAGUGUUUAGAAAGUCUGUGUAAGUCACAUGCAGGGAGGCGUCACUAGGGCUGUAUAAAUAAAGAGAUUUAACUCCUAAAUGGCAGAAAAUUGAGCAGUGAGACUGCCGGGGCAUGGUCUAUACACCAAAACUGCUUUAUUAAGCUAAAUUUGUUUUUGUGACUAUAGUGUCCCUUCAAAGGAAGAGAAAAACCCUCAUAAAAAAAUUGGUCAGUGGUUGCAAUUCUAGAACUGACUGUUUCUUUGAAGAGAGAUCUCUAUAAUCUUGUGCAUAAAAACAGAGAACCACACGUGCAAUUAACUUUUGUAGUUCACUAUAUAUAGAUAUUUACUCUUAACAAAUGUUUGUAUAAUAACUGAUUCUGUGUAGUUGAAUCCAAGUUUCUUAAACAGGUGAUUACUCAUUUAUUGUAGUUGUUUUGUAAUAACUUUUCAUUCUUUUUACUGUUUGACUAAACAUCCAAUUGUUCUUUUGCAGGGACAUACCAGGGCCAGUGGAUGGGGGGAAUGAGACAUGGACAUGGAGUACGGCAAAGUGUCCCCUAUGCCAUGGCUACAGUUAUUCGUUCUCCUCUCAGAACCUCUCUGUCAUCUCUACGCAGUGAGCAAAGUAAUGGCACUGUACUUCAUGACAUCGGAGCUGACAGUCCAGCAGGGACACGUGGGGGUUUUGUUUUGAACUUUCACAGUGAUUCAGAGCUGAUGACUGGCAAAAAGAAAGGUUUAUUCAGAAGAGGAUCUCUACUUGGUAGCAUUAAACUUAGGAAAUCCGAGUCGAAGAUCUCCAUUUCUAGCAAACGCAGCUCAGUGAGGAGUGAUGCAGCAAUGAGUAGAAUUAGUUCAAGUGAUGCCAACUCUACAAUUAGCUUUGGAGAUGGGGACUGUGACUAUUGUCCAACAGAAGAUCGCGUAGAUGCCACAACAACCGAAACCUACAUGGGAGAAUGGAAGAAUGAUAAGCGUUCUGGGUUUGGUGUCAGCGAGCGCACAGAUGGAAUGAAAUAUGAAGGUGAAUGGUUGAAUAAUAGAAGGCACGGGUAUGGAUGUACUAUAUUUCGAGAUGGCACAAAAGAAGAAGGGAAGUAUAAAAACAAUGUUUUGGUCCGUGGAAUAAGAAAGCAGCUCAUACCGAUAAAAAACACAAAAACAAAGGAAAAAGUAGACAGAGCGGUUGAGGGAGCACAGAGAGCUGCUGCUGUGGCAAGGACAAAAGUGGAGAUAGCUGCUUCAAGGUAAGUAGUAUGUGCUAAUUUCCGUUACUUUCUUUUUUAAUUUUUAUUGCUAUGAUCCACCUACUUGCAUUGUGGAGUUAUGUUUUUUUGUUGUUUUACUCGUAGCAUUUGGUUGAAAACAAAUAAAUACAUUACCUUGAAAGCUCUCCUAGUAUCAAUGUUAUGUUGAAAAAAU